CCCGACUUUGCAUUUCUCGGUGCCUCCUAUCUCUAUGACUGGGCCCUCAACUUUCGCGAGGUCGUCUCGUUUCAAGGCGACGUGACUUCGUACACGCUCCUCUCUGGCUUGUACGCUCCGGUGGUCGCUGACCUGAUCGUGCCACCGGCGGCGUUCGGGCCCUACCUCUGGCUCUCGGCGUCGAUCACCACUAGCACUUUGGCCAUCGUAGGUCUUACAGUGUUGUCGCUUCGCUGCUGCAGCGGCAGGGUGGAGCCUGCGUGGACGAGCUUUACACCGCUAGUCGCGUCGGUCUAUAUGAAUCGGAACAUUCUGCUCUUCCGCAGCGCAGCGGCCAUCUUGUGCCUCGCCACAGUCCCACUGGAUAUGACACCAUCCAGCGGGCUGAACCGUCUCGUGGCAGAGCGGCGGUCAUUGCUGCUCUCGAGUAUCUUGGCUCUCGAGUCUCUCUGGCUCGUGCAUGUGAUUCAUGAUAUGCUUUUGCCGCUCGCUGCUACUUGGCGACAAUUUCCAAUGGCGUGCAUCGUCUGGCUCGUCAUCGUGCUCUUGGACCAAUGCGCUCCGCUGGAUCUCUCUGUGACACUGCAUCGUCAGUGCUACGCUGUCAAUAUGGACUAUAUGACGUAUUGCUCCAGCGGUACGGUUCGUGUCGGCCACUGGGACCGGUGUAUGCUCCUUCUGAGCAUCCUGGGGUCGGUGGUGGCAGCCUCGCUGGUCUCGAGACAUCGUGUCUCAGCCAACAUGGCCCCGAAACGCCCGAGCGCUAUCUUCCCACCGAGAGCUCCGUCGACACUGACAGCGUCACCGACGACGCGACCGAUGGUAGUGAUUGACGCUAUCAUGUGCGGCAUCGUGCCGCUGCGAUGGCACGGUACGCAGUACUUGUUUGAUCUUAAGGUCUGGCUCUGGCUCCGUGUCGAUGAAUUGGAGACCACGGACAAGCCGUCGCCCAUUCUACCGUUUAGCGCACCGACCCUGCCCACGCAGACGACGCAACCAAAUUGGGACUGGCCAAGCUUACUUGGUAUGCGCUCGGUGCAGCGCCUCUUAGGCCUCUUGGGGAUAGUCUACACUGGCAUCACUCUCUGGAGUAAUACCACGUAUUUGAAUGUAUUGGAGACGGCGCUGGCCAACGACUAUGGCUGGGCCGGCUUCAACGCUACUGGUAUGCACGCCUUCCUUGCCAACACCUUCAACCGCCAGCUUCUCACGUCCACUGACGCUUCGAUUGCACUGCACGGCCCAGCGUUUGGGGACCCACUGCAGUCGUACAACUCGUCGGCCACCUCCGUUGCGUGGUAUCCCACGGUGGCGCGCCGGUACCUCUUCAAUGCGUCGGCGCCGUUGCACGAGCUGGUGGCUGGUCUCCGGGCCAUGCAUCCGUGUCAAAUGCCGUGGAUGUUUACGCAGUACUGCUGGCUUGACCUGGAUCGGACGUGGGAGAUGGCCAGCACGAGCCAGCGACAGGCUCGGUGCGCAGCUCUCAGUCAGCACAACGGAGCCCGGUACCUCGAGACGAGUCUGCGCAAUCUACAAGACUGGACGGUAUGGCGAUCGUGCUGGGGCACCUCGUUCGACAUUGGCAUUGGCAACGAUUUGGCAGCGUCCGUACCAGGUCGUCUGUGGCUGCAGCAUCCAUGA